UGACGUUCUGGAGAACUCACGGGCUCUCAGUGAGGACGGUUAUGUCAGCACAGCGGCCCAGGAGGGCUCCCGACCUAAACAGGACCGUAUUCGUGUUAACAUAAUGAAGUGAUUGUUGUCCGUGGAGAAGAUUUUUUUUUCCCCCGAAGAUUGUUUUAUUUCAGUGUUUUCCUUGCCACGGAAAGACCUCACUUCCAUCAUCAUCUGAAGCAUUGCAUCACCUCCUCAUGGCCACGGCCUGCCAGGAUGCCAACUCUGGCGCUCUCCUCCAGGAGCUCUGCCUCACCCAGUUCCAGGUGGACAUGGAGGCCAUCGGGAAGACGCUGUGGUGCGACUGGGGCGAGACCGUCAAGAGCUACAAAGUGCUCACUGACUGCACCAGGCACGUGGCGGACCAGCUGGGCUGCUUCUGGCCGAAUGCGGCCGUGGACAAGUUCUUUGUGGCCGUCCACCGGCACUACUUCAGGAACUGCCCCGUCUCCGGCCGGGCUGUGCGGGACCCGCCCCGAAGCAUCCUCUGCCCCUUCAUCGCCGUGCCCAUCCUGGUGACCCUGCUUGUGACGGCGCUGGUGGUCUGGAGGAGCAAGCGCCCGGAGGGCGUCGUGUAGGCCUGCAGUCGCGGGGGGGGGGGGGGGGGGGAGGUGGGGGACGACAGGCGAGAGCUUCGGGCGCCCUGACGGCAGAGUAGGCCCCAGAUCCCUUGUUUUGUCCCCCAGGAAGAGCUAACAGGAUUUCGGAAUGGCCGUGGCGCAGGCGUUAACCUGAAAGCCCCCUGGCUGGAGUUCGAAG